UGAUUGAGAGCCACCUUUACUAUAUAAACAGAAAUGCCUGAUUAAAAUCAUUUAUUGGACAAUGUUACAGGAAAAUGGGAAAUAAACAAGAAACCUAUCUUCUCCUUUUCCUUUUCCUGAUCUUAGCUGCUUUAUCAUCUCAAGUUUAUUGUUUCUCUAGUGAUUUCUCAAUAAUAGAUAGACCAAAUGAGUUCAUAUCAGAUGGAAGAGUUUCCCAACUGUUCCAAGAAUGGAAACAGAAGCAUGGGAAAGUUUACAAGGAUGAGAAAGAGGAGGAAAUGAGGUUGGAGAAGUUUAGAAGGAAUGUGGAGUAUAUAGUGGAAAAGAACUCAAAGAGGAAGUCACCUUCAGACCAUUUGGUUGGUCUGACCAAUUUUGCUGAUAUGAGCAAUGAGGAGUUCAGGGAAGUUCAUGCUUCAAAGAUAAAGAUACCCUUUAACAAGAGACAGAUUAUUCAGAUGAAGAAUGUGGAAACAAAUCCAACUCCAAUUUCUUGUGAUGCUCCUCCUUCAAAGGAUUGGAGGAAACAUGGGGCUGUCACUGAGGUCAAGAACCAAUACCUAUGUGGAGCUUGCUGGGCAUUUUCAGCAUGUGGAGCCAUGGAGGGAAUAAAUGCAAUAGUUACUGGUGAACUUAUUAGCCUUUCUGUCCAACAAAUUGUCAAUUGUGAUAAUUCAAGCAAUACCGGCUGUUAUGGUGGGUAUAUGGACCCUGCUUUUGAGUGGGUGAUCAAUAAUGGUGGCGUCAAUUCAGAAUCUGAUUAUCCAUACACAGUCUCUCAAGACGCAUGCAAUAUCACCAAGGUGAACCAUAAGGUUGUAACAAUUGAUGGAUACCGAGAUGUUCAACCGGACGAAACUGCCCUUCUUUGUGCUGUUGCUCAACAACCUGUCAGUGUGGGCAUCGAUGCAACGAGUGCUGAUUUUCAACUAUAUAGAGGGGGAAUCUAUGAUGGAAGUUGCUCUAGUAGUCCAGAUGACUUAAGCCAUGGAGUACUGAUAGUAGGAUAUGGUUCUGAAGGAGAUGAUGACUACUGGAUAAUCAAGAAUUCAUGGGGUACAUCAUGGGGAAUGGAGGGGUAUGGAUAUAUAAGAAGAAAGAGUGAUUUGCCAUAUGGUGUUUGUGGCAUUAAUUCCAUGGCUUCUUAUCCGACGAAGGAGCUGUAUUCUGCACCAUUUCCUUUUUCGUCUCCAGACCUUCCACCACCUUCCACACCAUUUCCUUAUCCGUUUCCAGACUUUCCACCACCUUCCACACCAUUUCCUUAUCCGUUUCCAGACUUUCCACCACCUUCCACACCGUUUCCAGACUAUCCACCACCUUCCACACCAUUUCCUUUUCCGUCUCCAGACCUUCCACCACCUUCCGCACCAUCUCCUUAUCCGUUUCCAGACUUUCCACCACCUCUUCCACCAUCCACACUGCCCCCUCCACCACCUUCCACACCAUCUCCUUAUCCGUCUCCAGACUUUCCACCACCUCUUCCACCUUUCACACUGCCCCCUCCACCACCUUCCACACCAUUUCCUUUUCCUUCUCCAGACCUUCCACCACCUCUUCCACCUUUCACACUGCCCCCUCCACCACCUUCCACACCAUUUCCUUUUCCGUUUCCAGACCUUCCACCACCUCCUCCACCAUCCACACCGCCCCUUCCACCACCUUCCACACCAUUUCCUUAUCCGUUUCCAGACUUUCCACCACCUUUUCCACCAUCCCCUCCGCCCCCUCCACCACCUUCUACGCCAUUUCCUUAUCCGUCUCCAGACUUUCCACCACCUCCUCAACCAUUCCCUCCACCACCUUAUGCACCAUCUCCCCCUCCACCUCACCCACGAUCCCCUCCGCCCCCUCCACAUUCCCGAGCGCAAAAGUGUGCGCCCCGGGCGUUAACUUUGAUUUUUGUUAUUUUAAAAGUGUUUUUGCUAUAGAUUAUGAUUUUUAUUAUUGGUGUAAUGAUAUUUGUACUUUAUGUUAUUAUGUUUUCAUGUUGUA